GACGGGCGUUGGCAAAUCCAGCGCAGCUAUUCGGCUAAGGUUGCCAUAAUCUCAUACAGUUCUCUGAUCGAUACCUCCACUCCGCUAACAGUUCUCCCAUAUCGAUCAUGAUACAGUUACCUGACCUGCGCAUUUUUGACAACACUCAGCUCAUCCUCGGUGCUGCAGCUUGUCUUGGGGUAGCAGGAGUGAUCACUCAGGCUUGCUACUUUUCUAAUUCAGGAAGUGGUCUUCCUCUUCCACCUUCCCCUCCUACGUGGAGACUUCGGGGGCACUUCAUACCCCCUCUCAAUCCAUUUCUCACUGUAACAGCAUGGAUCGACGAGCACGGUCCUCUGAUCACCAUUCGCUCUGGAACUGAGAAAAUCGUCGUUAUUGGCCGUCAUAACGCUGCGGUAGAUAUCAUGGAGAAGCAGGGCGGUUCGGUAGCUGAUCGUCCUCGCUUCGUUGCUGCUGGAGAAAUGCUCAGUGGUGGGCUAUCUAACCUUCUUACACCCGCUGGGAUGAGGUUGCGUCGUAUGCGUAGAGCACUUCAUGCGCAUCUCCAACCUAAAGCAGCUUCCGAAUAUCAGUCCCUCCAGAUAUCACACGCAAAGAACACCAUCCUCAACAUUCUUGAGGAUCCAUCCAACUUCCAGAACCACAUAUCAACUUACGCUGCAACGGUCAUUACGAAAAUUGCGUAUGGGAAGACUACUCCCACGUCUGCGGCUGGUCCCGAAGUCAAACAACUUCGCGAGCACUUGCGAAUAUUUCGUGGGGCCUUACGCCCCGGUGCUUACCUGGCGGAUUCGAUCCCGUGGCUGAAAUACCUUCCUUGGUAUGGCCAAGAGUUGAAACGGGUGUUUAAGGAGAGUGGUCAGCUCUACGCCGGUCAGCUGAACCGCGUGAAACAGCAAAUGCAGAGCAAUGUGGACAUUGGUCCUUCGUUUGUCAAGCAUAUGCUAGAAACUGUUGAACUCCACGGCUUAACAGAAGUAGAGAUGGCUUUUAUUGCUGGCGGCCUUUUUGCAGCUGGAACUGAUACGACUACUUUGGCAAUAUGCACGGUGCUCAUGGCAGCCGCAUGUUUUCCCGAGGAGCAAGCUAAAAUCCAGGCCGAGAUUGAUGCCGUCGUAGGAAGCCACCGAGCGCCGAACUUUGCUGACGAACAGUCCCUUCCCCGACUACAGGCCUUCAUCUCUGAGGCUUUGAGAUGGAGACCGCUGCUUCCCGCUGGAGUGGCUCACCGAACGACCAAGGAGGUGAUUUGGGGCAACUAUUGCAUUCCAGCUAAGACUACAGUGGUCGGCAAUCAUUGGUCCAUCUCUCGAGACCCAGACGUCUUCCCUGAGCCUGAUGCAUUCAAGCCUGAGCGCUGGAUCAACGACCAAGGUCGCGUUAGGGACGAUCUCAAAUUUUUCGUCUUCGGAUUUGGCCGGCGAGUAUGCCCCGGUCAAGACGUUGCGACCAGAUCGGUGUUCAUAAACGCGGUCCUUAUUCUUUGGGCCUUCCAGCUGAAUCUGAAUCCUACGAAGCCGCUGGAUGAUAUGGGGUUCAUGAGGGGAGAUUCUCAGCCGGGCGCCAUUCAGUUCAAGACGAGGAUUCCAGAGACAGAGCUCAGGCGCAUGAUGCAGAAUUAUCCUGAGGGGGAGCCUUGAAGCCUAGAGAUAUACUAUUAGUAACAGUCAGAGUGGAGGCGACUGUAGACAUGAUUCUAACACGAUUCAAUUUUUCGAAA